GACGAUGCUACCGAUCUUCUUGCCGAGAGGGAUUUGGAUUUGAUAUCGACCAUGAGUGGGCUAUUGAUCUCUCGCCCCGUGGAUUCGAAUUUGCCGCAUAAGAAUGCGUUGGAGCGAUGCAUCGAGCACGCCAAACUCUGGCUCACGAAGGCGGACCAGCCUAUUGAGCCCAACACGGAUGUCACUUAUGCGAACUUGAGAGAGAGGCUGCACAAAAUCAUGGCGUCGGAUUACUUCACUACUACGCCUGAGAUUAAAGGUCCCGUUGAAGUAGCUGCUGUUGCUGCAGGAAACUAUGCCAAUUUUCAGGUUCCGGUGGCCGUCCAUGAAGAAGAUUCAGAGGCAAAGUUUCAACAAACGGACGUUGAUGUGGGAGACUUGCAAGGAGAUGAUAUCAGUGAUGGUCAACCUGGUUCUGUUGACGAGCUGCCUAGGGAUAUGCCAGAGACGGGAAAUCCUUCUGAAUUUGUCACACAGCAAGAAGUGAGAACAGAAUCAGAAUUGGAACAGAAACACCUGGACGGAGAUGCAAAAGAACAGCAGUAUGUUCCUCGAAGGACCUACACAAACCAAAGAGGUGGCCGUGGUGUUGGUGGGCGAAGAGGAUAUUCAAAUGGUCGUGGAGGACGAGGUGAUGGAAGGGGAGGAGGUUCCUACCAGAAUGGACGCCCUCGAUACUAUGACCAGCCAGGAAACUACUAUCAGAGGAACUACUACAAUGGUAGAGGAAGAGGUGGAAGGGGUGGUGGCCACUCUUACAACAGUCAUGGUUCAGCACAAGGUGCUCCUAACUCUGCAAGUAUUGGCGUGGCUUCAUAACAAUAUUGAUGUCCUUGGGGCGUUUCUCAGAAACUGGUGGGUGAUCCUAAUGUUUGUUGCUUUUCAUUAUUCUCUCCCUCACUGGACAUUAGUCCUUGUCGAAUUCACCAUCCAACAUCUUGUUUUUUGUAGUCCUAGUCUUGAAGGAUCCARUGGGAGCCUGUAUAAAAAGACACAUCGCCAAACCAUUUGAUCCUAAGUUAUUUUGUGGACAUAAAUUGCUUCUCAUGUUUAGACGUAUGUUAAGGUAAUGAUAUGGUUAUCUUGUUUCAKUUUAUUA